GGGGGUGCGGAGAGGGGGGAGGGGCGGUGGGGUGGCCAGGGCGGGGAGACUCCUGUGUCGGACGGGGCCGGGCAGAGGCACUGGCCGGCCGUAGGGCAGCAGGGCGUGGGUGCCCCGCCAGUCGUUGGCGGCGCUAGGAUUUGACACAGGUCAGAAGCUCGGAGAAUGGAGGUGCAGUGCCUAGCAGGCCUCCGGCCCGGGCCCCUCUCCUCUUCUGAGGUCAGACCAGCACCGUCCUCCCAGACCCAUCCAGAAGCCCGCUCCUGUUUCCUUCUCCAGCUGCACCCUGACCGCAGCCCGUCCUCAUCUCAGCGAGCAGGGACCGGGCGGGACUCAUCCCUGUUCGCCUGUGCCCUGGGGACCGGCAGGGGCCCAGCAGCAGCCCUAUCACAGGGGACCAGCUGUUCAGCGCCCACCGGGAGCUGUCCAUCCCAACCCCGCCGGCUCUCACGGCCUGGGGAUUGGGGAGGGGGUGGAGGCUGGAUAUCCGGUAGGGAGAAGGAGGAUUUGUUCCCGAGGCCAAAGGGUGGCGGACGGACCCUGCCAACCUGACACCUGGGCUGGAGCCUGGCACUUGCCGCCCCACACACACCCACCUCCAGGACAGAUCCCUCAGCGACCCCAGGCCACAACCGCUGCCCUUGGUGGAAAGGGAGUGUUGCCUUUCUCGUGGCUCCCCUAGAAAGGAAUGUCCAGGGGCAGGGAGCAGUGGGAAUGCGCAGGAGGAAACAUUGGCGGCUGGCCCAGCGGCAGGUGCCAGGCAUGUGGGGCUGCAUGCCCCUUGCUCCUUCCUCCUGGGCAGUUCGGGGGGUCUGCAUGGGCCGGAGAGUGAGGGCGGGUGGGCCUGCUGGCUCCUGAGAUGGGAUGAGGGCACAGGGUGGAGGCUUGCACCCAGCCCUACACAGGUGUCCUUGGGUAUUCAGGCUGAGGAAAAAGUUGUCCACUGGAGAGGUGGAGGAGGAUGAGAAGGAGGAGGAGG